GCCCACACGCAGGUUUCUUCCUGGUUUCUUGAAGGAACAUACAAACUUCAACAUGGAGGAAUCACGUUUGCUUUAAAAACAAGGAGGAUGAAGAGACACACAUCAGGAGGAGGAAGAUGAUGAUGAACUGAAGAAAGAGAAGCAGAUCAACAUGAGCAGCAUAAUAACAUGAAGAUCAGCAACAUCAGAAAUGAACAGAGAUGAUGAUCAACUGAUGAAGAGCAGAAGAUCAACAUGAGCAGCAGAGAGAGCAGAGCCGUUGUUCGCGGUUCUGCUCACAAGAGAAGUUGGAGCAAAGAUGUAGAGCCUCCAAACAUGAGCGCUGAUUCUCCUCUGAGGAUUCUUCUCCUGGGUAAAAGUGUGUCUGAGAACAGCCGUGUGGGGAACUUGAUCUUGGGUCGAUCAGCGUUUGACAGUGAAGCUCCUCCAGAUGUUGUGGAGAGAGUCGGAGGAAGACUGAAGCACAGACACGUGACGCUCAUCAACAGUCCUCAGCUGCUCCACACACACAUCUCAGAUGAUCAGAUCACACAGACGGUCAGAGAGUGCGUGAGUCUGUCUGAUCCAGGACCUCAUGUGGUGCUUCUGCUCCUCCAACAUCAGCAGUGUUCAGCAGAAGAUCAAGAGCGUGUGGAGAAGCUGCAGGACUCUUUCUCUGAGCGCCUUCUUCAACACACCCUGGUGCUCAGCACACAAGAGCCCACUGAACCCAAUCAGAUCCUGCAGAAGAUCAUCCAGAAGUGCUCCAACAGACACUUCAGUCUUCAGACAAGCAGCUCUGCUGAUCAUCUUCUGCAGGCCUUUGAGGACAUCGAGCGGAGCAAUGAGGGACGACACCUGAUUUCUGCAGCUCAAUACAGAGAUUCAAUGCGAGAACAGAUUGAGUUUAACGAGAGACUGAGAGAAGAGAGGGAGAGGAUGGAGAGAGAGAAAGAAGAUCUUCAGUGUAAACAUGAAGAGGAACAAAACAAGAUGAAGAUCCAGAUAGAGGAACUGAAUAGAGAAAGAGAAGAACUGAUAAAGAAACUCGUGCAAGAGAAAGUGAGAACAAUGAAGUUUGAGAUGGAGACACAACAAAGCCAGGAGAAAGAGAGAAUGAAGAUGAUGAAAGAAGGAACAAGAAGAGAAGAAAAACAGUUAUCUGAACUUUACAGGAGACACCGAAGUCCAGUUACUGAACUCACAACAGAUUUUAAUUUAUUCUUGCUGGGAGAAAGAGGUGCUGGGAAAAGUUCAUCAGAAGAAACAUUCUUGCGUGGACCAGCAUUUGCCUCAAAGAAAAGCUCUACAUUCUCACAAGAUGCCGCUGUGGAGGCUGGAGAUUGGUUUCCAGUCCCUGUUUUUAACACACCAGGAUUACCUGGUUCAUAUAAGACAGGAGGGGGUCAGCAGAUGAGGAAUGAAAGCUUUCAACGUUUUCCACGUCUUCCAACAAUGGCAUUUAAAACAGAGCGUCAAAAGCCAGAACACACUCUAGUGUCCAGUCUCUCUUACAUCAGGAUUGUUCUUCUGGGUAAAACUGGUGUUGGUAAAAGUGCAGUUGGAAACACAAUCCUGGGACAGAAAGAGUUCUCAUGUCAGAUAAGUAGCCAUUCAGUAACCCUUGUUUGUUCAGAAGCUCAGGCCAAAGUUUCAGGCAGAUCUGUGUCUGUAGUCGACACUCCGGGAUUUUUUGACACGCAUAUGAACAACAAUGAGUUAAUGAUGGAGAUCGGCAGAAGUGUGUAUAUCUCCAGUCCUGGACCUCACGCUUUCCUCAUUGUCCUGCGUGCAGAUGACAGAUUCACUGAACUGGAGCAACAGACUCUUCAGAAGAUUGAGCUGAUAUUUGGUAAGGAUGUGUUGAAUUACUGCAUCAUUCUCUUCACUCAUGGAGAUCUGCUGGGUAAAGUGUCUGUAGAGAAGCUGAUAGAGGAGAACAGUAGAUUAAGAUCUCUAGUCCAGCAGUGUGGAGGCAGAUAUCAUGUGUUCAACAACAGAGAUGAGGAGAACAGAGAGCAGGUGGAGGAUCUACUGCAGAAGAUUGACUCAAUGAUACAGCAGAAUGGAGGAGGACACUACACUAACCAGAUGUUUAAAGAUGCUCAGAGAUUAUUGGAAGAAGAGAGAAAACUAGAAAGCUACUUGAAAGUUUGUCAAAGGAUUGAGUGGACAAAAUGAAAAAAAAACAAAAAACAAAAACAACAACAGAUAUAAACAGUUUUCACACAUUUCUUAAUCUCUCAAAUGAGUAACUGGAAAUGUUGCUCAGUUCUCACACUGUUCAUGGCACUCCCAUCCUGUUGUAUUCAUAUAAAAAUGACUAUCUUCACAAUUUUUAAAUCUAUGUUGCAUAAAUGUACGUACAUGUAUGACAGUUCUUACAUCAUUGAAAUCUAAACAUGAACUUGUAUUUUAAACUUGUGAUGUGCUUAUAUUGCUGUAUCUGAGAUGCAUGUGGGAUCAGGAUCAGCUGCUGCUUUCACUUAUUGGCUCGACGAGGCUGACUCUAGCUCUUUAAAUAUCAGCCUAAUAUAUGAUGAACUAUCCGUUCCACAUUAAAAUGUUAUUUGAUUGCAACUCCUCACUGCUCAGUUUUAUUGGCUGUUUUUCUUAAAGGAACCACUGGACUAAUUCCUACAGCUUGUGUCAUACCUGUUUUAUUUCUUAAUAAACAAGGUCAGUCAGUU